GUUAAAUGUCAUGGCUAUAGCUUUAUCGUCGCUGUGGAUCUUAUCACAAGCGUUUGGUGUCCAUCCGACGGCUGAGAUUCAACCAUCACAAAACAUAUACACACAUUUGUGAUUGUGUGUGUGCAUACAUAUAUAUAUAUAUAGAGAGACGGGGGCACGUGGCGCGUUGGGGGCCGGGGAGGAGAUAGACAUGAAGGAAGGAGGACAUCGGAAACAGGGGACGUCGCCGCCGUGCGCUGCGUGCAAGCUGCUGCGGAGGAGAUGCGGCGAGGAUUGCGUCUUCGCUCCAUAUUUUCCGGCGGAUGAGCCUCGCAAAUUUGCCAACGUCCAUAAGGUCUUCGGUGCAAGCAAUGUCAACAAGAUGCUUCAGGAACUUCCUGUCCACCAGCGUGGAGACGCGGUGAGCAGCAUGGUCUAUGAAGCCAACGCAAGAGUGAGGGACCCAGUGUACGGAUGCGUGGGGGCAAUUUCGUCACUUCAACAGCAGAUCGAUGCGUUGCAGACCCAGUUAGCCAUGGCUCAGGCCGAAGUUGUUCACCUGAGGGUGCGCCACUCGGCCAGCCACUCAAGCAGCCCGAGCAGCAGUGGCUCGCCAUCGUCGAACCAGGUGAGCCCACGUGUCAACAAUCCCAUGUUUGACCACAUGGUUGACCAUGCCAGCUUGGGUGAGUCCAUGUGGUCUUGAUAGUUCAUUUUUUUACUUUUCUUUUUUUUUCCUUGUUUAUUUUGGGAUACAGGGCUUAGAAGUUAGAACUACUCUGUGUUUUGGAUACACAGGGUUAAACCAUUAACAUAUAUAUAUAUAUAUAUAUAUAUAUAUAUAUGUUUAGGUUUCAUAUAUUACUUAUAUAUACAUAAAUUAUAUAUAUAUAUAUAUAUAUAUAAUAUACUUGUUUUGUGUUUGGGUGCUUGUAUGUCACCAAAUUAUAUAUUGAUCAUGUGAUGAUUGAUAAUUCAAAACGGUGCCCGUUUCCAUGAGGAGUGUGAGCCCCCUUCUUCAUAUAAUAUAUCAUAUUUAGUAUUUGCAAUGAAUUGUGGUAGUGUGAAUGAUCGAAUGACCAUCUUCUUUACGGCGAUCAUUGAGCAAAAAACCCACAACCGACCCCUUAAUUAUCUCAGAUACGUUCUUUAUCUCUCUAAUUAAAGCAGAAGUUUCAUAAAUUUUACAGAGAUUUUUCAUUAGGAAGAACGUUUUUAUGUAUUUUGUCGACAAGAAGGGUACGUUAUACACACACAUGAAGAGCCAAUCUUUUGAAGGAGAAUAUUGAGAAUUAUGGAGAGUAUACUUAAUUCAAGAAAAAGAAGUGAAGAAUCUAGACGCCCUUGAUGAAAAAAAAUAUUGCGAAUUAUGGACAGUUUUCAAGAUUCAAGAAAGAGAAUGGAAGAAGAUUCGUAUAAUUUCAA